GGCGGGAGGCGGCCGGGGAGGGGGCGGCAGCACCGGUACCCCCCGCCUCUCCCUCCCUGCGCUUCCCGUCGCGCUUGCCUUCCCUGCUUUCCUUUAUUCCGCUUUCAGAACGGCCUGGGUGGGUUUGCUUGCGUUGCGGUGUUCCGCGGGGGCACGGUCGCGGCUGUGGCUCGCCGCGGUGUGUUCGCCUCGGCGUGCCCGUCCACGCGGGACGUGCCGGCGUGUGCGGGGGCCGGGCGGCGGCGGUAGCGGGGCCAGCCCCGGCCGCAGGUCGGGGAGGACGGCGUGCUCCCGGGGAAGGCAGCUGGGAGAAGCGAGCCCCCUCCCGGGACUGGCGGCGGUCAGCCCGAGCGGGGACCGCCGGCUGCGUGGCUUUUGCACGGGGUCAACUGUGCUCGGUGUUGCACCGUACGCAGAUUAAAGGGGCCCGAGCUAGUCAAUAAAACACAUCUUCAGGACCCAAAUGGAGCCCUUGUCAGAGACUCAUCGGUGUCUUUCCGACUCACGUCCCCUCCCUUCCCCCUGCUCCCCAGUACGUGGCAAUACCAACUCCUGCUCUUUGAGGAUCCCCAAGCCUGGCACAGCAGCUCCUCCGACUUGCAACCUCCAUUUCCCCCUCGUCCCCGUUACAAGUGCUGCCACUGCUGUUAAACAAGCACAAAUUCAGGCGCAGAAAAGCCUGUGACUUGCCCAGCAUCCUUGAGGGAAGCUGGUCUGCGGUCAGCUGGGGGAUGCAGGCUGUGCGUUUGCAGCAUGCCAGCAGCCCGUGGCAGUUUCUCCUCUGGACGCUCCCAGUGUGUAAGAGCCAUGAGUCUUGCAAGAGCAGGUUCCUGCCCCCCUUCAGGAAAUGGAUAGGAAGAGAAGCUUAAAGACCUUCAGAUGUCACAGCUGCCGGAGUGUUCAGGGAGAUAUCCUUGGAAGGAGGAAGCUUGUUUUCUUGGCAUCAGGCCAGCAAAAUGCCACUUUUGCCCAACGCUUGGAGGAAAACAUUAGUAUGGGAGGAGAGUAUGGCUGUACCAAGGACCUGUUUGUUGGCACUGUUUUAAAAGAAAUACCUUCCCUUUUCUUCUUCCUCUUACAGUAUAAUUCAGGAUAAGAAAAUACGUUGUUCGUGUAGUCUCAAAACUGUUGCUACAUGUAAUUUUCCUUCUUUCCACAUAAGCUUUUUCCUCAGAAGUGAUUUGCUCUAAGACUAAAAUAGUAGUGAUACUCAAGACUUCUGAAACAAUCACUGUGUAAAAUACAGCCACCCUUAGGGGAGGAGUGAAGUUAUUUGUUGCUCAGAUUUUUUGUUUGUUUGUUUGUUUUGAGACCCUUUUCUUGGUGAAGGUGGCUGAUGAAGAAACAGAAAAAAUAACCAGGCUGAAAACAUGUGGCAGCCAGCAGUUGGAGGAGUCUGUGGCACUUGUCAAAAUGAGAAAGUGACUGUCAGCGCCUGGCUUAAUAUUCUUGUCACCAGGAGCUCCUGGAGCCAGCACUCAGCUCAGCUGAAGCCGGAGGAGAAAGGAGGAGAAGCACAGCCUGAUCAGGAAUGUUUACCCUUGCAGAAGUUGCAUCGCUCAAUGACAUCCAGCCAACUUACCGUAUCUUGAAACCAUGGUGGGAUGUAUUUAUGGAUUAUCUAGCUGUUGUUAUGUUAAUGGUCGCCAUUUUUGCUGGAACCAUGCAGCUGACCAAAGACCAGGUGGUCUGCUUGCCAGUUUUGCAGUCCAAUGUAAAUUCAAAAGCACAACCCAGCACGUCAGGGAAGGCUGACUUUACCACUGUUGAAACAACCACUGGUCAAGGAGAAGAAGCAUCAAUGAGAACGGUUUCCUUUGGAAGUGCUCCUACAGUAACACCUGAUGUACCUCUGAGCAGAGCUACCUCUUCUCAGUAUCAACCUACUGAAUCAGGCCAGGAGCUGAAGAAGGAGCAGAAAGAUUCUUCAGGCCGUAAAACAAAUUUGGAUUUUCAGCAAUACGUAUUUAUUAACCAGAUGUGUUAUCAUUUGGCUCUUCCUUGGUAUUCAAAGUAUUUUCCCUAUCUUGUUCUCAUCCAUACUAUCAUUUUAAUAGUCAGUAGCAAUUUUUGGUUCAAGUAUCCCAAGACUUGCUCAAAAAUUGAGCAUUUUGUGUCUAUAUUAGGGAAGUGCUUUGAGUCUCCUUGGACUACAAAAGCAUUGUCUGAAACAGCAUGUGAGGAUUCUGAGGAGAACAAACAGAGGUUAACUGGUGCCCAGUCCCUGCCCAAGUAUGUUUCUACUAGCAGUGAUGAAGGAAGCCCAAGCGCCAGCACUCCCAUGAUAACAAAGUCUGGCUUCAAAUUUUCAGCUGACAAGCCGAUGAUUGAGGUCCCCAGUGUCACCAUUUUGGAUAAGAAAGAUGGAGAACAAGCCAAAGCACUGUUUGAGAAAGUCCGUAAGUUCCGAGCUCACGUGGAGGACAGUGACCUGAUUUACAAGCUCUAUGUUGGCCAGACUGUCAUCAAGACUGUCAAGUUCAUAUUUAUUCUCUGCUAUACUGCAAACUUUGUCAACACCAUUAGUUUUGAACACAUCUGCAACCCAAAAGUGGAACACCUGAUUGGCUACACACAGUUUGAAUGUACACACAACAUGGCUUACAUGUUGAAGAAGCUGCUUAUCAGCUAUAUUUCCCUCAUUUGUGUCUAUGGUUUUAUCUGCCUCUACACACUUUUCUGGCUGUUCCGAAUACCUUUAAAAGAAUAUUCCUUUGAAAAGGUCAGAGAAGAGAGUAGCUUCAGUGAUAUCCCUGAUGUCAAAAAUGAUUUUGCAUUUCUCUUGCAUAUGGUAGAUCAGUACGACCAGCUGUAUUCUAAGCGAUUUGGUGUCUUUUUGUCGGAGGUAAGUGAGAACAAACUACGGGAAAUUAGUUUAAACCAUGAAUGGACUUUUGAAAAGCUGCGGCAGCAUGUUUCCCGCAAUGCCCAGGACAAGCAAGAGUUGCAUCUCUUCAUGCUGUCGGGGGUCCCUGAUGCAGUGUUUGAUCUGACGGAUCUGGAUGUGUUGAAACUGGAGCUGAUUCCUGAAGCGAAAAUCCCAGCGAAAAUUUCCCAGAUGACAAAUCUUCAGGAGCUUCAUCUGUGCCACUGCCCUGCGAAGGUUGAGCAGACUGCCUUCAGCUUCCUCCGGGACCACUUGAGAUGCCUUCAUGUGAAAUUCACAGAUGUUGCAGAAAUUCCUGCGUGGGUGUAUUUGCUCAAAAACCUCCGUGAAUUGUACUUGAUAGGCAAUUUGAACUCUGAAAACAAUAAAAUGAUAGGGCUUGAGUCUCUCAGAGAGUUGAGACACCUUAAAAUUCUCCAUGUGAAGAGCAACUUGACCAAAAUUCCCCCCAAUAUCACAGAUGUGGCACCACAUCUGACAAAACUAGUCAUUCAUAAUGACGGCACUAAGCUUGUGGUACUCAAUAGCCUUAAGAAAAUGACAAAUGUUGCAGAGUUGGAACUGCAGAACUGUGAACUGGAGAGAAUUCCCCAUGCCAUCUUCAGCCUCUCUAAUUUACAGGAACUGGAUUUAAAGUCAAAUAGCAUACGCACAAUUGAAGAAAUAAUCAGUUUCCAGCACUUAAAAAGAUUGACUUGUUUAAAGCUGUGGCACAAUAAAAUAGUCAACAUUCCUUCCUCUAUUACCCACAUAAAGAAUUUGGAGUCUCUUUAUCUCUCCAAUAACAAACUUGAAUCCUUACCAGCUGCAGUGUUCAGUUUACAGAAACUUAGGUGUUUGGAUGUAAGCUACAAUUCAAUUGCGUUGAUUCCAGUGGAAAUAGGUUUGCUUCAAAAUUUGCAGCAUUUUCACAUCACAGGAAACAAAGUCGACGUUUUGCCAAAACAGUUGUUUAAAUGUGUUAAGUUGAGGACUUUGAGUCUGGGACAAAACUGUAUUACCUCAAUCCCAGAUAAAGUUAGUCAACUGUUGCAGCUGACUCAUCUGGAACUGAAGGGAAACUGCUUGGACCGUCUGCCAGCCACGCUCGGGCAGUGUCAGCUUCUCAGGAAAAGUGGGCUCGUGGUGGAAGAUCACCUCUUUGAUGCUUUGCCCUCGGAGGUUAAAGAGGUGUUGAAUCAAGACACAAGCAUUCCCUUUGCUAAUGGGAUUUAGGCUGAGGUGAAAUGUGCCGGUAGCUGACUUCUAAAUGGCAAAUGCUAAACAGUAUGGCAAUUGUGAGACUGUGCGUUUUAGAAAACAGAAUUCCUUGGAAGGCAGGACUACUAGCAGGAUGGGAAGAGGCGUAACAGAGUGCUCAAUGUUUGCAGUGUUUUAAAAGAUUAUUUCAAAAAUUUUUGAGAGGAUGAAGAACCUUAAUAAUCUCAAUUCUUUUUUCCUUAAAUUGUUUGUAACUUGGAUGCUACCGCUUUUGAAUGUUUACAAAUUUGCUUGCCUGCUUAAAGUAAAUGAUUAAAUUGAUGACCUUUUCUUACUAUGCAAGUUAUUCCUUAAGGUCUGGAUUUACUUUAGUGCAUUAUGGGGGGAAAACCCAGGAUAAAUGUUGUAUACGGUAUAGUUCUAACAGCACUUGGAACACAUGUUGGUGUGUGUUGUUAGUGUUUAGCCAUCCUCAGCAAAUGAAGCCAGUUUGGCUGUGCUUUGAACUGCACCAGAACCACCAUUUUCCUGCAUUAAGGUAUGUGGUUUGCAUCAGGCCAAGUGUGUUUGCCUUCAUUCUUCAUCCUCAAGGCUUCAUGUUGUUGGGUGAGAUUUCUUCUGUGGUCCAGCGUACUAUUCCUUCACACCAGCAAAGACUGGUCAUGUUCCCGCAGCUGGUCUCCCUCUCAGCUUCCAUAACACACCUCUGUCCCACGCAGCAGUGGGUGGUAAAAGGGAGAAUACUGCCACUUGGCUUUCAGGUUGGGGAUAGUUUUGAUAUUUGAACUGUUUUGCAAGAUGACUUUGAAAGCCAUUAGACACCAAGUGACUUUACUGCUCAUGUUUUGCUCCUUUUCCGAGUUUUCAUCUGGGAAACUCAAGGCAUGUUAUGAAUUGGUGAUUGUUUUGUUUCAGAGCCCUUGCUUAGGAACUGGGGUGUAUGCUCCAUUCACUAGACUAAUGAUAGAGGCAUAAGAGUUACAAUUUACCCAAAUGUGAUUUAGCUUUAUCACCUAUUGUGGUGUGUCUUCCACACCUGGACUUUAACUAUAGGGGACCACCCUUCUCCCCGACCCCAGCCCAAGUAAUUUGAUGUUUUUUGAACGCUUAUGCACUGUUAAAAAACCCUAACUGUGUGCCAGAUAAGUCAUCAAAUAAAAAAGCAGACAGCAGUGAGCGUGGGAUUUUUUUUUUCGUUGGAUUUUUGGUGCUGUUUUUUUAACGGAGUUUGCAUUGCCAGGACCAUUAAAGAAAUAUAAUCCAUUAAAUCUGCAAAAUCAUCAGUUGUAAAUCUUGGCCAUUUACAUUCCAUGUGUGCAGAAAAGAAGUACUAUGCUGGGAGAUGAUUACAUGAUUACUCAUGGUUUAAACACAAUUCCCUAUUGUAGUGUGGUCAGGACUGAACUAGUCUGUAGUUCAAGGGACUGUUCUUCUCACACAGAAAUCCUCAUGCACAGCGAUUUCUACUGUAACUUCACCAGAGCUGCCCUGACUUAUACCACUAUUAGCGAGGGGAUAGUUUAGGCCUAGGGGCAUUGAGCAGUCAGGAACAUUUCAAAUACUGCUCUUACAAAUCUUGCACAUUUUGUUAAUCAUUUACUGUUAGUCAUGCUGGAAGGACUGUUCUCAGCUGUAGGUAGCAGUCUCUGAAUACAUAGCUACACCGUAUGUUUAUGUAUUUCAGAAGACCAGUUUCUGAAUAGUGACUUCCCCACUUCUUUUGGGGAUACAGUCUGUUUUCCAUUUGCCAGCAGGUAGUAAACUUGAGAUGUUGACACUUCUGCAACACCAAGUCACAGGUUUGGCAGAGUACUUGCAGUUACUGAUCUGUCCUCCACUGGGAAAUUUAGUGCUAAUCCUCAAAAUUUUUAAGUAGAAGUUAAGGCUGCAGAGGAUUUUUUUUUCUUUUCCUAAGAAACUCUUUCAUGUGUUUAUUUUUUGCACAUAGAUCACUUUAAAAUUGCUGGACUAUUGACUCUUUAGAAAAACUGUGGAAUAUAAUAUUGGUGUAUGCUUUGUAUUUGCUGUUGAGUGUCAUUUCAACUUCCAAGAAACUGUGUGUAGGAGGGAGGAAGAGUUGGAGGAUGACAAAGUAAUUAAAAUAUUUAGAAAAGUAGUUCUAUUUUAAUUUUUGUUUUAAUAGUGGAGCCACACAGAAUGCGGCCCAGGAUUGAUCCAGCUUUUAAAAGCUUCUUUUGGUGUUUCAGAUUCUCCUACUGUCCCUAACGGUGUUCAAAAAAUAAACCCGUGUCCAUUUCAUAUGAGUAUGGUAUACAUAAUUUAGAUCACUGUUUUGACUAGUUGUUAGCCAAUUGUACUUCUUUAGACAAGUUCCUCCAAAAUAAGUAUAUGUUAAAGUUAAUUUCAGGCUUGUGAUGCUUGCUCAGCAUAAACUCCAUUCUUGUUUUUAGGAGAGCUUUCUCAGAGUGGGGAGGAACUGCCUGCCAUCCCCAUGUUACCUCCCCCCAGUCCUUCCUCCUCUUUGUGACUGUUUAUGAUGUUCUUAUUUCCUGCGUGUCAACUGACACAGUCUUGCUUUAAAGUCUUGAAAGUUCAUCUCUUUUCUAUGUAAGGCAUGUGAAAUAUAUUUUGCAUUUCUAUUUGAUUUAAUAAAUAAGAUGUUUAUAUCUUCCUCUAAUUUUUUUUUUUUUAAUGGGGGAAAAGUGUGAUUGUGUAGUAAGAUCUGUGAUUUCAAGUAUCUUAUGCUGAACUUGUUCUGCAAUGCCUAUAAUCUAAGAAGGAAGCGAUAUGAGUUGCUGCUUCUAGUAAAUCCCGUAGGUAUGGCUUCUAACUGGAAUGCAGUACUUGAGGAUAGGGGUUUUGGUUAGUUGGUUGUUUUUUUCAUAUAUAUAAUCAAAACCCACUGUUUUUAUUUGGCUAAUGGAGCUUUGCAGAAUAUGCAAAAUGGCCCUGGAAGAAAAAUUACUGUAUUCAUUCAAAUGAGAGGAAGUGGGAAAUUGCCCAUUUUGUUUGCUCCUGCCACUGUGAAUGCAUUUUUGUGAAGAUCCUUUAGUUUUGCAAUAAAUUGUCCUUUUGGAUGAUGCUUCCUGUGAUGCAAACAGAGCUAUGGCUGUCCUGAGCAGGCAUCAUGCCUCUUUGGUGUAAGGGAGGAUGCUGACACUUGUGAAAGGCUCUCUGCUGCUAAAUUAAUGGCUUUGCAGUCAUGAGCUGCCCUCUCUGGUAGCAAAGGGGGAAGCCCAGAAACUGUAAGUCAUGUCUGGGUAUGGGGGAUCUGCUUUGUGGACUGUAUUUUUAAUAAAAAUAUUACAGAAAUAA